CUUUCCUGCGCGUGUUGUGCGUGUGUGUGCGUGCGUGCGUGUUCUCUGAGCGCGAGGCAAGGUUUUGUCUCGCGGAGGGAAGCGUCCUGUGCUUCAGUGGGCUCGCGCACACCGGAGCAGCAGCAGACCUCAGCGGCAGCAGCCAAGCGAGAAGAAAGUGAUCUCAAAUAAGCGGACUACAGCCUUCAGUCCGCCGUAACAUAGAGCCCGUGGAAAAGCGCGAUAGUCCAAAUUGCACCGACGCAGGUAGUAAGAAUCACAGCACUAGUAGACUACUAUGGAGGACCAGCUGCUGUGCUGCGAGGUGGACUCCAUCAGGAGAGCCUACCAGGACGUCAACCUGCUCAACGACCGCGUUCUCCACACCAUGCUGAAGGCGGAGGAAAACUACCUGCCGUCGCCAAACUACUUGAAAUGUGUCCAGAAAGAAAUUGUGCCCAAAAUGAGGAAAAUAGUUGCUACCUGGAUGCUAGAGGUCUGCGAGGAACAAAAGUGCGAGGAGGAGGUUUUUCCGCUGGCUAUGAACUAUUUGGACAGAUUUUUAUCAGUGGAGGCCACCAGGAAAACAAGACUACAGCUGCUGGGAGCUACAUGCAUGUUUCUGGCAUCCAAGAUGAAGGAAACCGUGCCCCUAACAGCGGAGAAACUCUGUAUCUACACGGACAACUCGGUCCAGCCAGGAGAGCUGCUGCAAAUGGAGCUGCUGGUUCUCAACAAGCUGAAAUGGGACCUGGCUUCAGUCACGCCUCACGACUUCAUCGAGCACUUCCUGUCCAAGCUGGAGAUCUACCCGUCCACCAAGCAGAUCCUCAGGAAACACGCUCAAACCUUCGUGGCUCUUUGUGCUACAGACGUCAACUUCAUCGCCAGUCCUCCCUCCAUGGUGGCGGCGGGCAGCGUGGUGGCAGCUGUUCAGGGUCUCUACUUGAAGGGCCAGGACGCCUCCUUGUCCUCCCAGAACCUCACCAACUUUCUGUCGCAGGUCAUCCGCAGUGAUCCGGACUGCUUGCGCUCCUGUCAAGAGCAGAUCGAGUCCCUGCUAGAGUCCAGCCUGCGACAGGCUCAGCAGCACGGCAGCACAGCGGAGAGCAAGCACGUGGACGAGGACGUGGACCUGUCCUGCACGCCCACAGAUGUCCGUGACGUCAACAUCUGAAAUGAGCGAGCGCCGCGCCGCGACCUGAUGAUCGAGAGAAAGGGGUCGACAGGAUGGUGACGGGCGGGCUGGGGAGGGGGUUCCUCAUCUGAACCCAGCCUCCCCUCCUCCUCCACCUCCUUCUUCCUGGGCUGCUGUCAAGGCCGACAUGUCACUCACUUGCCCGCUGUCCACUCCAGCGGCCGAGACGAGACACAGAGUGCUGAUACUCCCACCGCCCUGCAAACCCCAAGUCACAUCUCCUGCCAGUGUCCUCCCCCAUUCUGGGAAAAGAAAAGAACACUACAGAAAUGUAUGAGAUGUCUCGAGAUGAAGCCACAAAGACAUUUUAGUAGAUUGUUUCUGUCAUUUCCUUAAUUAUUAACUAGGAAUGUUUAAAUGACUGCAGACUAAACUCGCCUACUAAAACAGCCCAAAGUGUCAUGUGCAGUAGGUGCUCAUAGUCUGUCAGGUCUUUGGACUUUUGUUAAGGAGAAGAAGCUGUUUGUGUUUUUAAUGUUUUAGACUUCCUGUCCAAGCUCCCGUGUUUGUCUCGUUGCAGGUCAAACAUUCAUAUAUCCCUGCUUGCUUAUGUUUAGUCACUUUAUCGUUUAUCAUUUAGCCCUCUCUUUACGUGUAGUGUGAGAUGCUCCGUUUUUUUUUUUUUUAACCCGGUGACUGUGGAGUGCUGAAGGCGAGGCUCGGACACGUGGCAUUCUUUGUUAGCUCGCUUUAGCUCGCUGUAAUUUGAUGAGAUCAAAUGGAUGCAGAGCCCCCCCCACAGUCUGCCAUGUACCUUUCUCUAUGUAGUGAGACCUCAACCAUUCCAACUUUGUUAUAAAAAAAAGCACUUUUGGGUCAGCACUGCUGGUUGUCUAAAAAGAAAAAAAAAAGAGGGAUUAAGUUUGUAAAACAAGAUGUCAUUUGAAUGGGGGAGGAGGGAGGGGGGAGCAGGAGUCUUUGAGCGACGGAGUCAGAGCAGCAUCUGCAUGCAGCUGGGUGUGGACCAGAGUCCUCUAAAGGGACAAAAGGGGCUCAGCAGGCGUUUCACAGCCGUUAUUACGGCUCCUGGGAAGUAUUGAAGAAGCCUCUACUAUAGUAUAGCAAAAGGCAUUAUUCAUGCUGGCAUUUUGUAGUUGCAGACCCGCCGUGUUCCCGUAGAUCUGAAGCGCUGCUCCGCCUCUAACUGCAUCUCCUCCGUCGCUCCACCUCAAACACUGCUCAUGGCUUCUGGGAAGGGGAUGAAGCUAAAAAAAGUGCUGAGACUAUGAUUUUGCACAAACCUAAAAGACCUGGGCUACAUUUCUUGGGGACUUGCCUAAAAUAAAUGUGGAAAGCAAAGAUGGCGAGGGUACCGAGGGGUGGAUAGGUGGCAAAAAGGGUGGAGGCUCGACAGGGAGGGGGUCUCCAGGCUGCGGACUUCUAGCCAGGGUUCCUAUGUUAGGCCCUGUGUGGAAUCCUGUAAAUGAGGUUUCUGAUUGUACAUUAAGGAUAGAGAGUAGGAGAGAAACACUCCUUAUAUUCCGCUGCUAUAGAAAAUGAAUCCCAGCUACGUGUUAAAAAAAAACAAGAAAAACUGACAAAAACGUAAUGGAUUAAAAAUGAUGCUUUUCUCCCGUUUGCUGCUACAUUUUGGUGUUUUUUUAUACAUAUAAAUGUCAAUAUGCUGCCAUUUUAGGUUUGAAUUUUCUCAUAGAAAAUUGUUUUAUUGACAUCCUCAUUUGUUGUUUUUGUGUAGAUUCUAUGUGAUCCGUUUUAUUUUGUAUGUUUAUAAUUACAUAAAUCAUAUGAAUUUCCGAUCGAUUCCAAAAAAUAUGGAGAAAAUGUACAGAAAUGCUUUGAUCCACAAUACCUCAUGUGACAGUCCAGAUGUUGUUGUUUGUUUGGUUUUUGUUCUGUUCGACCUGCCUGAGAAGAAGCCUCGCAGAGGGAAAGCCAUGACAGAAACGUGGGAUGUGUAUAACUCUUUUGAGUGCUAAGCUGUCUCGGUAAAGAGACUUUUAUCCCCACUUUAGGCCCGUGGAGGCCUUCGUUCCUUUCCCCUUUUGAUAUUUAUGAAAGAAAAAAUCGUUUUGCUCCAACCGUGGAACUGUCAGUGAGUUUGUACGUAGAGUCCGUGUCGUGCUUGGUAAGCCAUAGACUUCUGUUGUUACCAAUCAUUCCACACAGUGUCGACUUCAUGCCAGUUUCCUGCAACUUCUGUCAACUACACAAUAAAAACAUGAACUAGACAAAACAGUGUGGAAGAGGGCCUAUUCUUGUCCACCCCUGAUGCCACGGCAACCAAUGAACUCACACAAGUGUUUAAACCCAUGUGUGGGGACUACUUCCUGCUGCGGAUUAACACAGUUUGAUCUGCAGCAGCACGACUGACACAGAAAGGUACAGCUGAGACAUCUAGAACAUGAGCGGAGAAUCCACAACUCUUUGAAUGAUCGACUGUGAGGAUGAAACUAGUGGUCAGGAUGUAGAAGGAACAGAGAAUCCCACGUAGUGUGGCUGCAAACAUCUGGACUACACCGAUUGUCCCCCUGGGGAACAGCUGUUUGCAGCGGGGCCCCCGUGGGCCAUCCGUGGCACCUCAGGGCUUUUUUUUGGAAGAUGAACUUGCCCUCUGAGAACUGGAACGUCACGUGGGAAAGAAAGUGCUGUGUCAGCUUAACAGCUGCGUGCUCGUCUUCUUCCUCUUUCCUUGUCCAUUCGCAGCACGGAUCGCCUUCAGACCGGACUUCCUGUGGUGACACAAGUUCCUGUAUUACAAUGCCAGCAGAUGCUCAGUACACUGUGGACUCGUCCAUCUGCAUUGGACAGCUUUCUCCAGUACAUUACUGUAGAAACACACAAACACACACACCUGGAGCAGCAUGAAAUGUACCUCUGCUCUCAGCCAGAUGUGAUCAGCAUCAGGGCCAACAAGAGCAGGAAGUGAAGUGCAGCAAGCCGGCUGUUGUGAAACAGGAAGCAGCUCAGAGGCUCCGCUCGGAGCAUCGAGUCGUUUCCAGGUUACCGGGAUGGAUGAUUGUCGUUGUGUAACUCAAGGACGCACAGCAGAAUCCAACGAGCCCAUCGCUCAUCCCUGUGUCGCCGCACGCAUGUUGGUUAAAUAAACA